UCGGUGCUGGAGCUGCGCGCGCUGCAGACCCUCAGCCUGGGGGGCAACCAGCUGCAGACCAUCCCGGCCGAGAUCGAGAACUUGCGGAGUUUAGAGUGUUUAUAUCUUGGAGGAAACUUCAUCAAAGAAAUCCCGCCAGAAUUAGCAAAUCUGCCUUCUCUAAAUUACUUGGUAUUAUGUGACAACAGAAUUCAAAGUGUACCUCCUCAGCUUUCACAGUUGCAUUCGCUUCGAUCCCUCAGUCUUCACAAUAACUUGCUGACAUACCUGCCUCGAGAGAUCCUCAACCUUAUUCAUUUGGAAGAAUUGAGUUUGCGAGGAAAUCCGUUGGUUGUUCGUUUUGUUAGAGAUUUAACCUAUGAUCCUCCGACUCUCCUGGAAUUAGCUGCUCGGACUAUUAAAAUUCGAAAUAUUUCCUACACUCCCUGUGAUCUUCCUGGGAAUCUUCUUAGAUACUUGAGUUUAGCCAGCAAUUGCCCAAACCCAAAGUGUGGAGGAGUGUACUUUGACUGCUGUGUCAGACAAAUAAAAUUUGUGGACUUCUGUGGAAAGUACCGCCUCCCCCUGAUGCACUACUUGUGUUCACCAGAGUGCUCUUCGCCUUGCAGUUCCACAUCCCAGAGCGAAUCUGACUCGGAGGACGAAGCUAGUGUUGCCGCACACAGAAUGCAGAAAGUUCUUCUUGGUUGAAGAGUGCAGCGUGGAGUGAAACACUAAAAGACUGAGAAAAGGUUGUUAGAAAAGAAAGUAGACUGUGAGGUUCACUAGAAACAUUAUCUUCGUCUUGAAUGUCCAUGAAAGAGUCAGAGGUGAUAUAAAUAAAAGAUUUUAUGUAUCAUCUACCCAUUCAGCAGGAAUGAGUCCAUUUCCAUGUUUGGAUUUUUUAAAUGUAAUUCACUCUGAAUGGCCAUUUUAAAUUUGGCUGAUUGUUUGCAGUUUUCGCUCAAGUUUUGCAUAACUCCCACAGCAGACUAGAACAUUCUGAAGAGCAAUGCUAUAAUAAACCUUGAGUGGUAACAAUUAAGAUAAAGAAAUAAAUGAUCAAAGCUGUAAUUAUUACCAGAGUUGUACUUGGGUUUAGGUUGAACAUUAUACCAUAAUAGAAUUAACCCUCUUCAUAUAUUGCCCAUAUGUCUAAAUUACAGAGCUAUUCAGAUAAGCUCACAGAUGGUUACAUAGGCCCUAACCUUUCUGACCCCACUAUCUGGUAAAGUAAGGGAUAUAACCUUAUGUGGGAUUUUAAAACUCUUCAGUUCUGCUCCUUUAUUUUAUAUGAUUGCUGUUACCCUUAGGUAAUCCAGCAAUGACUGUUAUAGUGCCUUAAAUCCUAGCUAGGAUUUGGAAGUUUAUGCAAGAGAUGAUGCCAGAGUAGCCUAUAGCCUGCCAUACUAUGCAGAAUGCUGAAAUAUGCUUUAAUAGAACUAGGUAAACAACUGUAUAUCUGACACCUGAGCUCAUUACUACCUUACCUUCAUUUUUUGCUUAAACAUGAAGUAAACCCCUCACAAGUCACUUUUACACUUAAUGAGAGGCCUCACUCUUGAUCACUCUGUUCAUCAUAAGAGAAUAAUAGUUUUUGAUUGAAAAAAAAUUUGUCAGAUUUCUUUGGACAGAAUAGAGAUUUAUGUAAGCUUCUUUGUAUCUUGCACAAAGGAGUGGGAAAAUGACUUAAAAAUUUUAACAGUCAGUUAUGACUUUAUUGCCUGUGUGUACUGAACUAUAACUUUCUCUAGAUUUUAAAAAAACACUAGAAAAACAUCACAACAAACCAAAUAAAAUUUGGGCAGCAGUCGUGUUUGUACACAAUAGAACAAUUUUCAAAAUCAGUUUAACCAUGGAAUAUUUUUUAAAUAUUUUUUAUAUUGAUAAAAAAGUAUUAGAUAAUCCUUAAAGUAUAGAAGAAAAAUGCUUUUACAGAUUACUUGCUAUUGGAAAUGACCAACUUUUUAUUAAUCAGCUUAAUAUGCAAUAAAAAUUGAGUAACAGUUCAGUAACAAGUUGGUAUUAUAAAAUAAGAUACACAACACAUACUAGCAAUCUUAGAUCAUUAAUCUAUAAUAGCAUGAUGUUUGGUAAAUGUUACCUAUACAGUAAUAUGCAAAUCAGAAAUGCAUUGCAAGCAGGAGGUGGCCUCCCUUCUGACUUGCAUUCAUGAAUGGGCACAUCAUUUCUUAAAGCAGAUUGUUUUACAGUAAUAUGUAUAUGUAUUAGGUUUUUGUCAUAUGUAGUAUUUUUUUACUUUAGAAGAAAAUAUACUGUAGGGUAGUUUAGGGUUUGUCUGUUUAUUAUAUGUUAAUUCAUGAAACAACAUGAAAGUUUCAUGACUGCAGUUGUGAAACGCUGCUAUAAAGUAAAUCCCUUCCCCUUGUUAUAAUGUAGUAAGAUUCUUUUUUCCUUUUGAUUCAGAAACUUUCUAUGUCUAUGGACGUAAUCUAGUAUAUUUCUACUGCUUAGCAAAGUAUACAUGGGUGAUUAUGUCUUACAAUGGAAGUAAUAACAAGUCUUAUUUACUUCUCCAUUUGAACCACAGCAAGUUAUAUACUACAAACGUAUGAAUAGUAAAGAUGACUUAGGUAGUACCUAAGUGGCAAACUCAAAAUGUUUUGUAAGUGACUUAGUUUAGAUAUAUAAAAUAUUUUCAUAGAAAAUAAAUAAUGUAUUCAUAGUAAAAUACUCAAAUGAAUAGGACCAAAUUUUUCUGGCUUAAAUGUCUCAAUUUACUUUCAAAUUUAUUACAAGCUUCACCUAAGUAACAGCUUGGGUAAUCUUUUAAGAGUUAAUCUUUUUAAAAAAAUUAAAAAAAAAAUGGAUAGGUAUGUAAAUAUGGUGUUCAACCUUACAUACCUCUUUCCAGCUUCCCAGAAAUAAGAUGCACUGAUUGAGCUUUUACAGAUGCGUAAAUAGGUCUAACCAGAAACAGUUUCUAGCUUUUGCUGUAUAAUGUAGAUGUAUAUAGCAAACUAUCAAAAUGUUUGCUAUGGUUCUCUAUAUGUACAUUUGAAAACCUAAGAUCAGUGUCCAGCUGUCUUUCGUGACUUUUACUGAAAUCUACAUUAUAGUUGUUUUAUCUUUUUAAAAAAUCUUUUACAAGAGCUUUUUACCUUUUAACCUUUUAUAAGAGCUGCUAAUUCCUAAGAUUUCCCCCUGUUUUUUUCCCCCUAUCUUCCCUUUCUCGGUGACUAGAAAUUAAACCAGAAGGUGAGAUAUAAGGGACCUGAUAUUCUAGAAACCAGAUAAUCAGCUCCCGAAUCAUCUAGCUCACUCUGUAUUUAAAAUGAUAGUCUAUAUCUCUUUAGUUGUUAAGUCACAUAUUUGUGUUUAAACUAUAGUUAAUAAACUUUAACUAUCUUUUGAGAUGUAUAGAAUAUGCACUAAUUUUCAUAGUGAAAUAAGUAUGUUUAGCUCUACUUGGACAAUUUUAGUGACCAAAACUUAUGUGGAUAAAACUACUUAGCCAAAGCAUUAAAGUGUUUGGAAUGAAAUUCUUCAGUGCUAAUAUUUAAAAUUGAAAUGGAUACAUUGAACAUUCUUAGUAAUCUUUAUCCUUAGAAUACAGUUCUCAGUGUCACGAAACUGAGAGGUGAAAUAGUCUUAGGAUUUUAGGAACUAGGAAAAUUUUGCUUUCAUGGUGCCAGAGAAUGGCUGACCUAAGGACAAGCUAGUCAGGGUUGUCAGUAUUCCCUGUAUUUGAGUAGGGAAAAUAGGUCUGGGGGGUUACCGUUCAUAUUUUACUUCUAAAUGUGUGCCAGAGGAGUCUCUUACUAAAAUUCUUGAUACCUGGAACUUUGGGCUAUGAAACUUGAAAGAAAAGACUUGCAUUGUAAAUUGUAACUCAAAUUUGAGAAAUUUUUGUAUUGAUGUAAAUAAAAGUUAGAGACAGUUCACACUAGUGCAGUAUAACACUGCAGACCAAUUCCACACAAACAUUGUGAAUAUCAGUUUUAAACAAGAAAGAGGGAAAAGGCUCAUUGCUGGAGUGUGAAAUGAAAGAAAUCUUUUAAAGCAACAAAGGGCAGGGAAAUAGAAGUUACCAGGGAUAUCCCUGAGCAAAGAAAGUUCUUUAAAGUAAUAGUGAAUUGUUUUAAAAUUAAGUUGCCAGACUACCAUCUGAAAGCCUUUCUCGUUGAUUUCUUUAGUUUCUGCUAUUGGGAUAUUGCCCACAUUCCUCCAUAAUGAAGGGCCAGCAAGUAAUAAGAUUUUCCUAUAGCCAACCUUGCUCUUUCCAAAGGGAGUAAGUAAUACCUCAUUAACCUGGAAUUUGUGGUACAGUCUUGAUUAAUGUUUACUUUUGCACUAUGGAAAAAAAAACACCCACAAAACAUAAUUUCUGCAAAUAAAGUUUGAUCUUUUAAAGCAUUUUAUAUAAAGAGUUAUUCUGAAUAAUAAGACCUUUCUUUUGUAGGCUAAACUAUAUCAGUUAUAGUAUGAGUAUAUAAAAUUAAGCUGCAUUCAGAAAUACCUAAUUUUUAAUGACCCCUUCUUAUCCAAAACAGAUUUAAUUGUGGUGGUGUAACUAUUACUACCCAUUUAGUUCAAAAUAGUGAGCUGGGCGUUUAACAACAGUAAAAGCUACUGUAUAGGUUUUUAGGCAGCAUGAUCUGCAAUACAUAGUUCUGAUUUCCUCUGUAUAGAAAAGAAGCACUUGACCUUCACUGUCUGUAUUAAAUACUAUACUCUGUAACAUUAAUGUGAUGAAUGUAAUAGCAUCCAAUUUUGUAUUUUCAUUAGUCAUGAUCUUUUUAAAGGUAGCAGUGUCUUCAGCUCAGAAAAGUAUGUGCCUUAUAUCCUCCAGUCUACAUCCAGAUUUUGGGGGGAACUAGGUAAUUUAAUAAGUUGUUUAUGACAGUCUUUUCACCCUUUGCACUUGACUUGAGGGAGAAAAACUGUGAUCCUGAGGGAUUCCUUUCGCUAAACAGGGCCUAAUGCCUAUGAGUCUAGGGCUUCUGGAGAGGGAAUCCCAGGCAUGCAUUCUCUCAGAAGGUCAAAGCCAUAAAUACAAUCAGUGCAAAGGUAUGUUCUCUUUUAUAUUAUUUUAUAAAGAAAAUUUAUCUGCUAACACUAAGGGGUGAUAGUUUCUAAUCAACUUUAUAUUAAUAGUAUAUAAAGAUACUAUUGCCAUGAGGCCUACCAUAUUUUGUGAGUGGCUUAUCUAUAAUACUAGGCUGAAGGUGAGGGUGUAUAUGUUUUAAUAUUUUUGCAUGUAAAUAUCUUCUUUCUUUUUCUCUCUUCUUGGUCCAUAUUUGCCAAGAAUGAUGUAGAAAAUAACAGUUCACUAAUAACACAUGUUGCACAUUAUUGAGCAUUUUCAGGGUAAUACUGAUUUGGGUGCUACUAGACUUACCUAGUAUUGCUCUGUCUCACUUUAUCACAAGAGAUAGUAUUCAAUCCUGUAAAUAUUAAAAUGCAUUUAGUUUAAUGAAAGUUUUUUAUAUACUGUCAUACCAGAAAGCCAUGGUUCCUGGAGAAAUUGCAUUCAACAACUUAUUUCUUCCUUUGGUUGUGGAUAAAUUGGAUAAAAUUGUUUUAUUCCAAAUCUCUGGGGAAGAAAAUAGGAUAAGAUUGACACCUCUAUUGCUGGUACUAUAAAAACAUUACUAAAUUGGUUAGUAUUUCUGUCUGUAACUGAUGUUUUAAGAGAAUCUUUUCACUAACUUAAAUGGUUGACAUUGAUGUAUUAUUGGAAAGGAAUAUUAAACUCAGCAAUCACUUUACAGCAAUCAUGGAGAGACUUGUGUGCCUACAAUUGGUGUUGUAUUUCUGAGCCCACUUCAUAUUCAUGAGAAACAAAAACAUAAUGGGAGGAAUAUUUUAAAUAAUCAGUUUUUAACUUUUUAUAAAGUUUGGGACUUUAAAGUAUAAACAAAGGAUGUUGAAAAUUCAUGUACUUUUAGUCAAAUUACUUUUUAUCUGAUUUUUAAAUUUUCUGUAUUUGAAAUCUUGUGAAUUAGGAAUAUCUAUAUAGGUAUAUAUAUAGAUAUUUAAAACUGGUAAUAAUAAAUGUAAUUUAGCAACAUGAUUCGAUAAUUACAAUUUAUUUUCAGAACAAGAUACAACUUAUUGCAUCAAAUUUCUAUAUUACCUUGUAAUGGUAAAUGCUCUAAAAAGAAUAUUUUAAGCUACUUCAAUUCUUUACCUCCUUUAUUCCCCCAGGACACACAAAAGAAUGUGAUCUUGUAUUAACUAACCCUCUGUGUGAAUUUUGCCAUAUCAAACAUUUUGCUGUGUUGUAUUAAAAGUGUGUUGUUGGAAUUUGAUUCUAUACUUUGGAAAAGUAAUUGUAUUUUAGUUUUAAUUGACAAGCAUUUAUUUUUUUAAAAAACUAAAAUCCUUAUAAUAUUGG